GAGAAGGGGGCGGGGGCAGGGAUGAUGCUCCGAACCCGGACAGAGGAGCCGGCGCUGCUGUGGGCCGGGCUGCCGAAGGGGAGGUGCGGAGGGGCCGGACUGGAGACGGGGCGGGCAGGAGGCGGUACUCUCAGGGCCGGGAUGUACUAGGGGCCGAGCCUGGCAGCUGGGCGGCAGUUCCGUGGUGUCUGUUCCGCAGGUGCAGCGGCGGCAGCAGCAGCAGCCUAAGCAGCGACGGUUCCACGUCGUAGGGAGGAGGAGCAGAAAGAGAGAAAGCAGCGGAAAGGACCGGCCGGGCGCUGUCUUUGCGCGGAGACCUUGGCCUUCCUUCCCUGAUCUCCGCCGCCUGCAGUGCCCUCUUGUCCCCACGGGGUCGGGGCCAUGUCGGGGCCAGGGCCGGGCCCGGGGGAGCCGAACGAGCAGUACGAUUUCCUGUUCAAGCUGGUGCUGGUGGGGGAUGCGAGCGUGGGCAAGACGUGCGUGGUUCAGCGCUUCAAGACGGGCAGUUUCUCGGAGCGCCAGGGCAGCACCAUCGGUGUGGAUUUCACCAUGAAGACGCUGGAGAUUCAGGGAAAGCGAGUCAAGCUGCAAAUCUGGGACACCGCGGGCCAGGAGCGUUUCCGGACUAUCACCCAGAGCUAUUACCGAAGCGCCAAUGGAGCCAUCCUUGCCUAUGACAUUACCAAAAAGAGUUCCUUCCUCUCUGUGCCUCACUGGAUUGAGGAGGUCAGAAAGUACGCAGGAUCCAAUAUAGUCCAGCUGCUGAUUGGAAACAAGUCAGAUCUAAGUGACCUUCGGGAAGUCCAGUUGACGGAAGCCCAGCUCCUGGCCGACCGUUACGAAAUCCUCUGCGCCAUCGAGACGUCUGCCAAGGACUCCAGCAACGUGGAGGAGGCCUUUGUGAAGAUGGCCACCGAGCUCAUGAUGAGACACGGGGGCCCCGUGUUCAACGAGAAGAACACUGGCAACAUCAAACUGGACAGCAAGGAGGUGGCGGAAGGCUGGGGCUGUGGCUGCUGAUGGCAGCGGGUCUGGGCAGUGGGCACUGAGGGAGUGAGACAGUGCUAAUACUGUAGUGUCCUUUGAUCUAAUGCUAAGUAGUGUUAAUUGCAAUAACUCCUACCCCAAAAUGGGGGACCAACAAUUCUGUAGCAGCAAGAGCAGUUAUGAUUGUGCUUUGCUGAUUUUUUUCUUACUUAAAGGGACAUAGAAAAGGCAAUUGGGUCUACUGGUAUGGCCAUAAUAAGGGGGAAGUUCUCCUUCAGGAAGGAUUAGGGGGAGGGGGGUUAACUUAUUCCUUUGUCUCCUUUGCUCUGAAGAUGACCAGUAGCCUUACUGAUUCGGUGACUUUGGUGUAGAUGCAGGGAGGAGGAAGGAAGGGCAAGAUUUUCUCCCCUCAGAUUCAUUUGAGAUAGUUUCUACUCAGCCCCAGCAUCCUUUGUCUGUGUCCCUUUAAAACCUUCACGUUGCAGGAGCCAUCCAAGCGCCUACUAAGUUAGCUGGUGGGGCAAGAGGAGAGAAUUGUCCUCAGCUCUGAAAGGGAAUUGAUACCCACUGAGAUGAGGUACGACUUCCCCCUGCCAGUCCUGGUUUCUGUCAUGUUAUUCUGAUCAUCCAGAUAUUUUUAAAUUAUUUUUUUUUAGGUUAAUGGCCCACAAGUGAAUUAGAGUUUGAAUGGGAUUUAAGUCCUUUUCCUCCCCUUCCUUUUACCCUAUAUUUGGUUUUCAUACUAUUUUGAUAGGUCGUUUUCAAGUGACUCUGGUUUCUUUUCUUGGCCCGAGAGUCAAUGACCCCUUUCCAGGGCCACCCCUUGUGUAAACAGAAUUGGAUGAGCAGGGUGUGGGGAGGGCCAUCUUGGUACCCAUCACCUUAGCUCAGACUCCCCUCUUCCUGAGUGUGGGGACCCAGUGGGAAGCUGGGAAGAGACCAGACUGCCUUGUUCUAGCUUAGAAAGCUUUGCUCUUCCAGUUCUAAAAAUGCCUUUUCUUUCUGCCCCGGUGUUUUUUAAAGGUAAAUUUUAAAGUAAUGAAAUUCAACAGCUCAAGUGUUCUGAGGAGCAGGUAGGGAGGGUGGGGAGAUUCCGACAGUCAUGAGUAUUCCUUCUCAGCCUGAGAAGGCUUAUAUUUUUAGAAGAAUUGUAAAUACCCCAAAAGCACAAGGGGGGUACAAGGUUCUUCCAAUUUGCUUCUCACUCAUGGUUAGGAUAGGGAAGAACACUGAGGUCCAGAGAUUAACUUGAGCUUUUGAACAUUUCCAUUCAGAGCAGUUCCCUACAGCUCAACACACAGGAAAGAGAUAGGGUCAAAGUUGGCACCCAGCCAUACCAGCUUCCUCUCUCUGGUUUCUAACAAGGUAGGCCCAGAAAUUCCCCUCUGUUUCUUUGAAACAUUAGCUUUUCCUCCAGACAAAUCUGCUAAAACAAUGUUGAAGAAGUGCAUUCUAUCUCUAAAUGAAAAAUGAUUUAAAAAACAAAAACCCUCCCUCUUUGUAGAAUUUAAACUUGCUCUUCCAAGUACCAUAGGUGUCUUAGAAAUUUGUGAACCCCUGAGUAGCAGCAUUGAAGCUGUCUUAGGGCAUCCUCACAAACCUGCUUGUAUCAUUGGGACCUGCACAGAAAUGGCCAGCCCAUGGGCUGUUUAUAUACACAGGCUGUUGUGUCAGCAAGUCCUUGUUUGUCCCUCUAUGGCAAGUCAACCGUGACCUGUCCAUCACUGCCUCCUUCUUCCCAGAUAUCCUAGUUCUGAGCCACCUCUGACUUUGAAACUCCCUCAGGACCCUACUUAGAGGGACAGUUUUUAACUUUUAAUAAUCUGUGAGGUUAAUGGAACAUAAGACUGCUUGUGCUGUAUCUUCAUUUCUGAAGUGAAUCUGAACAUAUUCUCUAGGGCCCUAUUUUUGUUACCCCAUUGCAGAACUUUGAGGAGCAAAAAAUAACCCGUACUUGGCUUUACCACUGUGUAACUCUGUCUUCCUCCUAAUAAUACAGGCAGCUUUGUGUCCUCAGAUCCUUUCUUUGGAUUUCAGGUUAUGAAUUCCCUACAUUCAUCCCUGAAGGAGGUGGGUUCUGGGACCUGCUGUCUCUCCCUUCCAGGGUUAGUCCUGGGGAUGGGUGGAACAAAGCCAGACUGGCUGCAGAUACUGCUGGCCCAUCCCAGCUACUUUCUGGAAAGUAGUGUUGAACCCAGAUGGAGUUCUGAUAGUUUGUCUAGGGAAGGAGAUCCUUCUCUCCUCCCAGAUCUCUCCCAGGUCACAAAGCUGCCAAUAGGAGAUUCAGGGCCCCAAGAUAUCUCGACUUUGCCAGGAUCUACUGCCAAAAUCUUGGAUUCCGCUAAAUUAUUCUGAGGGUGGCUGUGGGUUAGUUGCCUCUUAUGUGAGAUAAGGGGACAGAAGGCUUUUUUUCUUGGUCUGGGUUCCCCAACAAAGGUGCCUGAUAUCAGUGCACAGAAGCCAGUACAAAACCACGUAGCUAGACCGUUCUCCAAGGUGCAUCUGAGAUUCGGAUUUGGAAGAGGUCCCUUUUAAUAGUCAAGGAGGAGGGAAGAAAGGGCUUCAUUCUGAUCCUGCUAUACACUUCACCCAUCCUUGGGUCUUGGGAAAGAAAACUACCCAAAAUCACUAUCUGGAGCCAGAUCUUUCUCACCUCACAAGGUUAUUAUGAAGAAAGGGCUUCUUUCUACUGACUUUUUCUAUGUGACACAAUCCAUUUUAUUCCUUGGAGUAAAAUGUGGGACCAAUGGUUUUUCCUUAGCACAUAAUGAUGGCUAUUUCCCCUAAGCUGAAGAUAUCACUGUUACUCAAGACCAUCAUCCACUGUAGAAUUCUCUUUCCUAUGAAUGCACAAGUUGGCUGUUUGUCAGCCCACAGCCAGAACUAUAGCUUGCCUCCCAAUCUUUUCCUUUUCAACCCCUAUAGAGCUGCCAAACUAGCUUGCUGUGCAUUUUGUGCUUGGGCUGAGAAAAAGGGCUUUGGUUAAAAAUGUGUGCCUUGAUCACAAGACCAUUGUCUGGAACAGGAGAUUCGUGGUUCUCUUGUAAGAGAAGGAAACUCCUGGUAUCUAUUGUGGCUUGCUGUUCUUAAACUAAAGCCAGAUCCCUUCCUCUAUUUCUCUUGACAUCAUGUCUUUUCAUUUCAGCCACCCAUGUUGAGUAAAAAUUAAGGCUAUUUUUAAACUCCUUUGUCCCCCAAACCCAGUUUCUCCUAUUUCUCUCUGUGGCACCUUUAGAAACCAAAGUUAGCCUUGUCUUGCUUCCCAAAUCCAAUCAGUUGCUAACCCUCCAACUUCUGGCAGCCCUACAGGCUUUGGAUCACCUCAAGCCUGGAUUACAGUAAUAACCCCUUCAUUGCGCCUCUGCCUGCCACCCCUGGAGCACGCCGCCGUACCGGAUUUAGCUUGUUGUACAUCUAAAUUCCCUUUGAUAUCGCCCAUAUAUGCGCCUUUGCGUGCUGAGUAAAUCCCAAAUUCAGCCUACUCUUCAAGGCCUUCCAUUAUUUUUCCAGUCCUGACAUUCUGCCCUUCCUGGAAGGUGCCCUGGAGCGUACCAGCCACCGUUCUCCAUCUAUCCUGACCCCCCUGUAAGGCCCUGAUUAAAGCCUCAACCUUCCUUUCCAGUACCAAGUUCUCUCUUGGUACUUACUGGCAUAGAGUGGUGAUGGUCUGGAGUGGAUGGCUGCCUGCUUGUAAGGUACAAGCACCCCAUCUUAACUUAGCCUCGCCCUAGGGUCUAGCACAGCACCAUUGGGAGGUUCUAAGUGUAUCAAAUAUACAAAUCUAAAAGGAACUGGGGAAGUAGUUUUCAUUCCACUUGAGCCUUUGGAAGAGCAAAUGAGAAGAGUGAGAUCUUGUUCUUUCCAUCAGCUUGUUUACCCAUCAGACUGCUGGGUAACUGGAGGAUUUGGCCAAGGAGAACUCCAGCCUUCCCUGAAACGCCUCCCCCACCUAGAGUGAGGAGAACCUGUUCUAAUCUCUUCCUUGUUUAUAAAUUACCAAAGAGCAGGAGGAGGAGCUGCUCGGGCCCAGUGCAGCCAGCCAGGCCAGCGGGGGAGGUUGGCUGUUCUGGAAGCAAACAGCCCGAAGUGGACACUGGCUUCUGGGGGACAGGCCGCGCCAGUUUGGGUUCAGCUGGAGUUAACACAGCCCAGGGAAGCCGGGGAUGGCCAUGGCCUUGUCCUAGCACCAUGUCGGGGUUCAGUGGGUUUGCCCCCUGAUCUCCCAGGUCUCUCAACUGUAAUCUUGGCCAUCUGCUGAGAUAGCUUGUCCAAUAACCAGGGUUUGCAUGUUGUAAUGUAUUUAAAAUAGAAACUGGAAACAGAUUUGGGCAUUCUCUACUCUGAGGAGGUAGGGGUGAGGAAUCAUUCCAAGACUGUAGGAUUUUUUUUUUUCAUUUUUGUGAAACUGCCAUCCUCCACAUAGAUCUGCCCUGAAUCUAAGGGAGACUCAUAGAUGCCCCCAGACUGAUAGCAGUCUGUCUGUUGCUCCCUCAAGGACAGAAAGUUGAAAUCCAGCAAGGAUUCUGGAUUGCUGAUGAGUGUGGGAGGGAAGAAAGUUCUUAAUUCAUAUUGAAUUCAAUUAUUUCAUUUCCAAAAUUACUUCAGAGAUGACAGUGUUGGGUGGCCACCUCUUGGGGUCCCCCUUUUCUGUCCCAUUCUCUGUCCUGUAGCUCCUCAGUCACUUUUCUCCUCAGGAGAACGUGGGGAACCAUUCACUUUUUUUGACUUGACCUACCUGGAAAAGGCCAAGGCAAUUUGGAAUAUGAGGCCUUGAGAGUGAACUUUGUAUACUUUAGUCAUUUUUUUUUGAUAUUUUACCUUUCAUCUAUUUAUGGAUUUAUAAACUUUAUUAAUAAAAAUGUUUAUUUUUAAAAAUAUGAAACUUGCCUUUUGGAAAAUUUUAGCAGAACCAGAGUUGCUACACCCAUGUACGCCAUUAAACAGAUUUCAUUAAAGAAAAGCAGACCUGCA